AUGCAGGUACCGGUAUAUACUGCUCCCAAGAUCGAAAGGUUUCCGGCUAACUGCCCAACACCUCCAAGGGAGAAUGCGGCACCGAUAGAAUCCAGUGAAGGAGCCGAUCCAAAUCUCACCAAGCACUCACCUCCCCCACUACCGGAAGUCCCUGUUUCAGACUUUACUAAAGAAUGGGAUAGAUACAACAUAAUAUUUGAUUCGGCCCUCAAAUUCGCCGACGUCACAAGGCAUCUUCUGGAGAGAAAUCAAGAACGGUUCUCGGAACUCGGUGAAGGUCUGCAGGAAGAGGCGGUUCAGCGCGAUAAAUUUGUUCAGCGAACUGCAAUUCUGGAGGACGUAACCUCCGAUUUAAAAAAAGAUUUCGACCGGUUUGAGAGAGAAACCGAUCAACGGUUAACUGCGAUGAGUAAUGAUUUGGUCGGCACGACACUUGACCGGGUCUCCGAACUCGAAAAGACAAAUGUGGGUCUCGUGACCGAACUAAAGGCGCUCUCUGAACAGGUUGCCGAACUGCUAAAGGCAAAGGUGAACGCGGAUGCCGCGGCUAUAGCGGCCGAUGCUGAAACGGCUAAAAGGAUCCAGGAUGCGCUGGAUGCCGAAGCAGGCAAAGAUAAAGAGGCACCGCGCUCAUCUCAACUCACCGAAGCGGAAGAGGAAGCCGCGCGGAUUAAAAGAGGAGAGGCCCUGUUCCCAGGAUUCGCUAAGAAAGCAGCCGCUCUAGCAGCGGAGGAUGCUGAGCGGUUGGAAAAGCAAAAACGGAAGCUGGAAGAAUUCGCCGAAGAAAACAAGAAGAAGAAGGCGGCCGCCUCCGCCUCAGCGCCGAAAAAGCGGAAGAGGGAGGCUCCUAAAAAGGAGGCCCUUAAGAAGGUUCAAAUAGCCGAGCUGCUAAGUGAGAUCUCUGAACCGGUCAUCCCAAGUGCAUCGCAGCAGGACGACCAAAUCGAAGAUGAAAAUCGUUACAAUCCUCUACGUUUAGUCGCCCAACGUCCACACGGGCAAGGUCCCGACAGGCUGGGUCCCCGACAACUGCCAAAGUUCCGAGCAACUCCCCCGCACAACCUGGUACAAACGGUUCAACGCAGUAACCCACUCUGA